GUAACAGAGAUUCUAGGUAUUUUAGUGAAGUACUUGUACUAUACUACUCUGCUCUUUAAAUCAUGACUCAAUGACGGAGUGAGUUCCGUAUUUUGCUUUCACCAGAAUUCGUCCGCCCAAAAUCGGCCGUUCUAAAGAGAGAAGUCAUAAAAGCUGUUGCCCUUUUUGGAGUUCUACCGCUGCUCUUCUCAAACGGGGAAGAAAUUUGGGGGAAGGCGACGUACUUUGUCUGGAGAGGAGAGAUGGUUCACCAGAAUGAAGCAUGUGAAAAGUGCACGCAAACCUGCCUGUUGAUACAUGGACAGCGGGACCCCUCGCCGAUUGUUAACUCUUUCUUCAAAGUCAUGAUCGAUAAGCGCUUCUCCAAAGUUCUGUACUUUCCCCCCAGAUUUGCUCGAUUGGUAUCUCACUUGACUAAUCAAGAAACUUAUCUGGAGGACUCAAGUGGUCAGAAAUGGAAGGUGGGAAUAUGUAUUCAUAAGGGUUCGCUUGCAAUUAGAGAGGGAUGGCAUGCAUUUUCAUCAGAACAUGGUCUGAAAAUUGGGGACUUCUUGGUUUUCCACUAUAUUCAGGGACAGCACUUUAUUGCUCAAAUAUUUGGAACAAGUGGUUGUCAAAAGAUCAGCUUUGACAAUGGCACUCGCACAGGGAAGAAAAGGCGAAGAACUAAUUGUAAAGCAACUUCCCAAGAUGAGCUGCUACCGGAAACUGACAUAAAUUCAAGAAAAAAGUGGAAUUCAACACCCUCAGAUACUGCUGUACCAGAGUCUGAAAUGGCUGAUCACGAGGCAGUGACCACAACUUUUGCAUCAACCAUAGAUGCUGACACUGGAAUCCUAGAAAUAGUUCCCGAAGCAGAAGCAAUCAGCGAUAUUCUACAAGGUGAAAAUGGACCUCGUAAUCAUGUUAGCACCAAUUCAAUAUCACAAAGGGAGUCAAGUUUAGUAGAUGAGGUUCCUGUUGAGAUGGAGCUCUUAAGCUUUCAAGCACCUGUGCACUUCCUUGACAUUGGAAUCACUCAGACUGAAAAAAUUUCUGAACCAGUGAACGAUAUUUUACUUUUGGGCCAAAAAGAUGAAAAUGUCCAUAAUAUGGGUCUGAUCUCUAGCACGUCUUCAGCUGAAAAUAGUGGCAAGGGUAGUCAUUUGGUCUUGCCAUCUAAUAAAGAAAGUCGCUGCAGCAAUCAAGCUACCAGAGAGAAAUCCAAUGAAGCAUCUCAUAUUGAUAGGAGAGAACUGAAGGAGAUGGCAGCGAAAACAGAUUGCUCUGCUAAAAAGCUAAAUGGAAAAGAGCCAAAAAUAAUAGAGAAAGAUGGUCAAGGUUUUCUAACGGCUGUAAGUGGUAAUAACAAAGUUAUCAAAAGUGAGCCUGCUGAUUCAGGAGACACAUCAUUUCCUGAUGCUGGCAACUUCUCAUGUUUGCUACGGGUGGAUGGUCGAAAUUUUCUGGAAUUACCACAAAGCUGGCCGCAAGUUCUGACAGGCAGGAAAAAGCUGGAACAUAUUACUAUUUAUCUCCAAGGACCAGAUGAUAGACCCUGGCCUGUCACCUAUCAUGAGAGAGCAGGUACUAAGGUUUUGGCGAGUCGGUGGGCAUUAUUUUCCGCAGCGUAUGGAAUUAAGCCAGGGGAUGAAUGUCGAUUCCAAGUUUUAAAUCUGUCAGAGCGUAGAUUUAAGGUACACAUAGGACACAAGUUAGAUGUUACUCAAACUAGUUUGAGUUGAUUAUUAUGAGCAGUUGUGAGAAGAAUGUGAUUGAUUUAUGGGGAGAUAGAGUUUACUUAAUGGUUUUUAUACAUUCAUUUGAUUUAUAUGUUGUGCUGAUACUUUGGUUUAGCAGCAAUGAGAUGUUAUGGAUGCUGACUGUUGAAUAAGUUUUCAUGUAUCAUCCUUUGAAAGGAACUCUUCAUGUUUUAUGGGGAAAUGAAAGCUCACAUGUGCUACUCUCCAACUGCACCAUAACAUAACUCCAUGUCUGGACCUCCUUUUUGGAAAUGAAAAUGGGGAUUUUGUUU